UGUAAAACGUCACCGUUUGUAGUUCAAUCAAAAUACUUCGAUCGACCAAACACAAAAAUAUAUAUUCUACGUUACCCUCAUCUACGCCUAAACCACUUCCGCCUCCUUCGCCGAUCGCCGGCACCGGAAUUCAAUAAUAAAACAUAGCCUUUAACUUCGUUGGGCCUUGUCCAAUAAUCCGAGUCUCAAUCUUGGUCGUUGAAUUCCAGAAUCAACCCAAUCUCUCCAUUCACCACCCUCCAAAACCCCUCUCUUCAGGCACAAUGUCAUGGGAAAGACAUUUAAUCUAAUGCAGUUCAAAGGUCUAAGGUUGCUGUUACAUAAUGGUUAACGCCAUUAAAGGAUUGUUCAUUUCCUGUGAUAUUCCUAUGGCACAAUUCAUCAUCAAUUUGAACGCUUCAUUGCCUGCAUCACAGAAGUUCAUAAUAUAUGUCUUGGAUAAUACUCAUCUUUUUGUGCAACCCCAUGUGACUGAAAUGAUAAGAAGCGCCAUGUCGGAAUUUAGGGACCUGAACUCCUAUGAGAAGCCCGCUUGAUUCAAUCUUUUCUUGUUUUUAUCAUUCAUCAAUUGAGAACAUUCCUAAAUGAUCUUGUGUCAUACAAAUUUCUCAACUUAUAUGUCUUUUCAUUUUGUAAUGCCUUCUUAAACUUGCUCAACUUAUAUGCAUUUUCAUUUUGUAAUGCC